AUGUUUGGAGGACACCUCUAUUACGCGAACCAUGAUGGUGUACAAUUGCAAAUCUGGAUUCUUGAGGAUUAUGACGAGCGAAAAUGGGCCUUGAAGCAUAAGACUAAGAUUGAUUGCUUAGUGGAGAAACAUCCUCAAGCCAUUUGUUCUUCAGCCCUAUACAAGGGCUUUUGCGAUCUUUAUGAGAUUCGUGAGGGUGGCCACUUGCUGUUUUGGCUGCAUAUGAAGUACCUCAGUGUGUUAGCCGACGACGGAAUCAAUGCUGAAUCUGGUGCAGCCUCUCAACAUUCUUAUCAUAGAGGAUUCAGUGUGCUGGCUUUUCAUCCGGAUCUUGAGGUUGUCUUCCUUGGAAUGGGGGACACAGUGCUUUCCUAUAAUCUCAACAGCAUGAAGUUGGAGGAGGAAUGGGUUUCAAAACCACAGUACAAUGGACUACACUCGGGGAAUGUCUACCCUUUUUCACCCACAAAAAGGAGUAGGAAUUCUCCACUCUUAUUGUAUACGUAUACUUAUAGGCCCCUUAUAAGUGGACUCUGCCUGACAGGUAGAGUCUCCGAAGCCAAAGAAUUCAUCGAUGAUCUUCACCGUGAAAAUUGCAGACUCAAUGAGAUUUGUUUUAGUACACUUAUGCAUGGAUACUGUAAAGAAGGUAGACUAAAUGAAGUCUAUAAUGUCUGUAAGGAGAUGGUGGAAAGAGAAGUUGAAAUGGAUCUAAUUUUCUACAGUAUACUUAUUUAUGGAGUUCUAAAACACCAUGAUAAGAUAAAAUUACUUUGUAUAUUGAAAGAGAUGCUCAAUAGAGGCCUGAGGCCAGAUAAUGUAAUCUAUACUACUGUAAUCGAUAGAUAUUGCAAACAAGGAAACCUCACAGAGGCAUUUGGUUUCUGGAAUAAGAUGAUCACAGAAGGCUGCAUCCCUAAUGUUGUAACGUACAUUGUGCUAAUAAAUGGAUUGUGUGAGGCUCGGUUUGUAGACAAGGCAGAGCUGCUUUGUAAGGAAAUGCUGGUUAAAAGCUUCCUACCUAAUGAGAUGACUUGUGGUUGUUUUCUUGACUGGCUUACCAAGGAAGGAAAUAUGGACAAGGCUGUGGAGCUGCAUAAGCCAAUGGUAGGAGGGCUUUUAGCAAACUCUGUGACUUAUAAUAUGUUGAUCAAUGGUUUCUGUAAAUCAGGCAGAAUCCAGGAUGCGACCGCACUCCUGGGUGAAAUGAUUAAUGAUGGUAGGUCGCCAGAUUGCAUCAGUUAUUCGAUACUUAUUUAUGGCAGGGGUGACUUACAUGCAGCUUUAAAGCUGUGGAAUGAGAUGCUAAAUAUGGGGCUGAAGCCUGAUAUGCUGGUGACUAAGUAG